GCUUCGUAGGAGAAGACGAAGCCGCAUGAAAACACGAGCAGCGGAGGAAAGUUUAGCGUUUACAGCAUGUAGCGUUAGCUGUUUAUGGACGACAUCCUUUUUUUACCUCAUUUACGAAAUACAUGACUGGCAAACUUGAAUAGGAAUACAGCACAGCACGAUUAAAAUGCUGUCAUGGGUCGCAGUAGUGGACGUGGGGCUAAGUGUGGAGUUCCUGCAGUGGUUCUAUGUCUGGUAGCAUUGCUCUGUGCCAACGUGCUGCUCUAUAUCUAUCUGGAUGCUGUAUACCAGGGCAGUGCCCCUCCUUCAGCACAUACACAAUGUCCUCCAGGGUACUUUAAAGUGGGCACUAUGACCAGCUGCGUGCCUUGGCUACAGUGUGCCGAAAUCAGUGCUGAUGUCCGUCGCCUCAGGCUCGUUGGACAGGGAGCUGUGAAGAAGGUGUAUCUGUCAGAGUGGCAGGGUCAAAAAGUAGCACUGUCUGUCCUUUCAUCAGGUCAGUACAUGGCUGAUUUCCUUCAUGGGGUGUCCAUGCUGAGGUCACUGCAAAGUGUCCGUGUAAUAACGCUAGUGGGGGCGUGUGAAGAAGAUGGAGCGUUUGUAACAGAGUACCACCCUUUGGGAUCUGUACUCACACUUGAUGCUACUCUUGCUCAAGAUCGUUACCGCAGUCAGAACUCCUGGCAGACACGACUGCGGCUGGCACUGGAUUAUGUUGCCUUCUUGGUCUUCUUGCACAAUAGCCCAGCGGGCAUCCGUGUCAUGUGUGACACUAAUGACCUACACAAGACACUUAGUCAGUUCCUGCUGACCUCUGAUUUGCGGCUUUUAGCAAAUGACCUGGAUGCGCUGCCAGUGGUGGUGCCUGGCCGUCAGGGGGUGAAAUGUGGUCACCAUGAGCUGAUGGGGCAGUUUGUGGCUCCGGAGCAACUAUGGCCUUUUGGUGAGGAUGUGCCUUUCUCAGACGAUCGGAUGCCUGAUUACGAUGAAAAGUCAGACAUUUGGAAGAUUCCAGACGUGACACGUUUUUUGUUGGGUCAUGUCUCCGGAAGUGACGUCAUCCAUUUCCACCUCUUUCAGAUUCAUGCAGAGUGUAAGAAGCAAGAUCCUCGGUUACGGCCAUCAGCACGUGAGGUCCUAAAUGCGUAUCGCUCUGUUUAUGACAGCAUGAAGGAAAGCCACACAGAGAUUGUCAGAGAAAUGUUGUAAAAUUGCAUUGUAUGACUUGCAUUUCAUUGAUUUCGCAUAUUGAGAAAAAGUCUGAGGCCAAUGUGACUAAUAUUGGUUAAGUAUUUCCUGUCCUUGUAGUAGUAUUGAUUAGCAGAAUAGGCAGUAACUGAUCCUGAAGUAUUUCUUUAUUUCUUAGUAUUUCUUAUAAUUUUUGCACUGUCUGAGCAGUGAUAAUUGUGUGAGAAAAAUGGGAUGCCGUUAAUAAAGUUUAAACCAUGCUCUUUUGCUCA